AUGUCAACCCUCGUCAAAGGCAGCAGAUCGAUUAUCAAGUCCGUCCUCUCCAGACCCAGGAUGGACGGUGUCGGCGCACUUGUUUAUCGCUCUAUCGGCGACACCGAGCUCCGCAACCACGACCCCUUCCUCCUCCUCGACGAAUUCAAUGUCGACAAGGACGGCGGAUUCCCAGAUCACCCCCACCGUGGCUUCGAGACCGUGACCUACAUGCUCGAGGGUCAGUUUCAGCACGAGGAUUUUGCCGGACACAAGGGUACCAUCGGACCUGGCGAUCUGCAAUGGAUGACGGCUGGUCGCGGUAUUGUCCACACCGAGAUGCCAGUCAAGACCCAAGCCCCCGCCCAUGGACUCCAGCUUUGGAUCAACUUGCCUAAAGAGCACAAAAUGUGUGAACCCCAGUACCAGGAACUUUUGGAUGGUCAAGUCCCCCGAGCGAACCCACAGGAGGGUGUGGUCAUCAAGGUCAUUGCUGGCGAAUCCCACGGUGUGUCGAGCAAAGUCUACACGCGUACACCAACAAUGUACCUGGAUUUCAAGAUGGCACCCCACAAGACUGUCGAGCAGGCGAUCCCGUCGAGUUACAACGGGUUUAUCUAUGGACUGAAGGGCACGAUCUUUGUGGGUGAGGAGGGUGUCGAGGGUAAACCCCAUCAGACGUUGGUCCUUUCGGAGGAUGGAACAGAGACGAUCAAGAUUUCGACCAAGGAUGAGGAGGCGCACUUUGUGGUGAUCGCGGGUCAGCCUCUGAAAGAGCCCCUUGCCCAGCGCGGGUUGUUUGUGAUGAACACGCAGGAGGAGAUUGUUGAGGCCAUGGUUGAUUUCCAGCGAGGCCAGCAUGGAUUCGAGCGCGCCAAGGGCUGGCACUCCACUAUUGCGUAG